UGCCAGCCCCCUUUUUCUCCCCCACGGUCAACCUUCGAAAUGCCCACCGAACACAGCAAAGUCCUGGCAAUGACUUCACCGGACUACCUCUCGUAUGGAUUUGCGGCGAUUGUUGCCCUUGGCGGGGUAAUUGGAUAUGCCAAGGCUGGGAGCACUGUUUCUCUUGCGAUGGGUUUGGGAUUUGGAGGUAUUGCAGCUUUUGGAGCUUCCCAGACCUCAAAGAAUCCAAAAAAUGUUUAUGUUUUGUUAGUGUCAUCUAUGAUUCUCGCCGGUGUGAUGGGAUCUAGGGCUAUAAAGGCAGGCAAGUUUAUGCCUGCAGGCCUGGUCGCAUCUGUCAGUGCUGCUGAGGCUUUGCGGAUGGGAUACAGACUGAUAAACUGAAACUAGUUGAAAAACCCUGAAUCACGCUUGGCUCAUGGAAUUGGCUCAAGAUUCAUGCAUUGAAAUGACUGGAUUCUAUGUGAUGAAAUAAUGUGAUUUAAAGAAUACAUCCCGUUCAUUAAACCUUUAAAAAAGCAUAAAACCAUUCAUAGGGCUAUGCUGAGAGAUUGAAAGGUGUCCAUUUUUCUUAAUAGCGACCAUAUAACACAGUCAUAGCCAAGAUGUAUGGGGAAGGGUUUGUUUACCAAUUUAGUGUAGCAGAUCAUUUACUUCUUUACUUGUUUAGCAUUUCUUAAUUUUCUCAAAUGUGUUGUUUGUUUGCUAGUUUGUCACUUUAAAAUUUCAGACUGUAUGUACAAUAUCUUUUAAAAUUAAGAUGAAAAAUAAAUAUAUGUACAUAACUA